CGAUCGGCCUGAUGGACAAACCGACCUGGGUUCUACAUCGUGGUCUGUCAGUUGAUCUGUACAGUUUGAGAACAAAAGUCUCAAGUUGUGGUCGUGCAGAGAGGAGGAUUAAAACGUGCAGUGUCGUGUGUGCACUGACUGCUCAGGAGGAGGGGUCUGAGAAGUCAGAGGACAAACGGGGUCUGGUUUUGUUUCCUGUCUGGGGGGGGAGUCACCGUGAACGUCGGAGAGAUGUGAAGCUGAGCGAUCAGAGGAGCCGUCACUCAAACCAGGACCACACUCCCCUUAACCACCGCCAACCAAUCAGCACGUAGUCUGGAGGACCAUCAUGCAUCUGAAGUCGUAUCCGAAGCUUGUGUGCUCAGAGUUGCGUCUGGAAGCGGCCGGCGUUCAGACCUCGUCCCAGCGGAGCAGUGUGUUUGUGAGCCAGCAGCGAGGGCUGCUGAAGACCUGCAGCAGUAACCAUGGCAACAUCAGCAGCAGCAGCCGCCUCACGGGGCUCCCAGGAGAGGAGGUGGUAGGCCGUGUGGGAGGAGGAGGGAGGAGAAGGCAGAGGAGGGAGCAGAAGGUGUUCUGUGCAGAGGUGGUGUCCAGGACGCCAGCAGAGAGCAGCAAAGAGGAAAGCUGCACCGCUUCCAGACCACUCUUCACCUCCACGCCGUCACUCGCUCGCACCCGCUGGCUGAGGGGAGGAGAGGAGGGGGAGUCAGGGGAGAGCCGGAGAGGUCAGGGGUGUCCCGGGAGAUGUGGUAGCUGUGGAGUCGGAGUAUCUGGAGAGUCGGACGGAAGGAGGAGGAGAGAGGAGCCUGAGGAGGGAGAGGCUGGACGACGAGUCCUGCCCGCCGCCCCGGGGACCAACACUCCCCCCCCUCCCCCUCCAUCUCAUCUUCCCUACAUCUCACGCUGGGAGCUCAGGAGUCCAGCAGGAGAGCCCAGUCGCUCAAGAAAACAGUCAGAACAGACACAUUCCCCCCUAGCUCCGCACCUGCCCCCCCCCACCCGACCCUGCCACUCUUCUUUACUCCUCAGGCCCAGCUCAGUGAGGGAGGCGGGAGGAGAGGCACAGGGCACUCCUGCGGAUGCUCAGCCCCCUCCCCCACAGACUCCCCACCCCUCCCCCCCCUCACCAGCGAUCUUUGACCUGGAGCCUGCCCCCUCGCAGCCCCGCCCCCCUGCUGUUAGCUGUUCUCCUGACUCCGGCAGCCGGUCAGAGAAGAGGAGAAGAGGGAAGGAGGUCAGGUCAGGAGGGGAGGUUGACUCCCUGGUUCCCUGUUCGCGCGCGGGCCGCAGCGCCUCGGUUUCUCAGGACUUCCUGGAGAUGCGUCAGCGACUGCAGCAGCUGCUGGAGCCGCAGCCGUACCUGGCCGUGCUCCCGCAUCACCUGCUGGUGAAGAUCUUCCUGCUGCUUUCCACGCAGAGCCUCGCCGCACUCAAGUGCACCUGCCACUAUUUCAAGUUCGUCAUUGAGAACUACGGCGUGCGGCCCGCCGACUCGCUCUGGGUGUCGGACCCUCGUUACCGUGACGACCCCUGCAAACAGUGCAAGAAGCGGUACGACCGCGGCGAUGUGUCGCUAUGCCGCUGGCACCACAAGCCAUAUUGCCAGGCGCUGCCGUACGGCCCCGGGUACUGGAUGUGUUGCCAUGGCGCCCACAGGGACGCACCUGGAUGCAACGUGGGUCUCCAUGACAACCGCUGGGUGCCGGCGUUCCACAGCAUCAAUGUGCCCAUCUAUAGAAGGAGCCAUGACGAUGACUGAGUGUGUUUGUGUGUGUGUGUGUGUGAGAGAGAGAGAGAGAAACUGAUGCUGAUGCUGAUGUAAACAUCAGCGGCUCCCAUGAUGCAACAGCAGGUCAUAUUUUUUCAUCAAAAGACUGAAAGUCCGCAACUAACUAAUCAUAUUUUUUGAUCAAUCCAUUAAUUGAUUUGUCUGUAAAAUGUCAGAAAAGAGUGAAAAUGUUUCGUCUUAUCAAUUUCAGCUUCAGCUUCAGUACAGGACAAAGAAAAGCUUCAUAUCCUCACAGGGCAGAUGCUGAAACCACCAUUGUUUUAAAGCAAAAAAUCUCAUCUCAGCCUGAAGAAAAGAUGAAUUGAUCCUUAAAAUGGCUGACGUCAGGUCAGCUCUAAAACAGGUAGUGUCCUUUAAAAAAAGCCGCACAGAAGUUGAUCUGACUCUGGAACAUCUGACCAGGGAAACUAACAGUUUUUUCAUUAUUGAUUCAUCUUUUGAUUAUUUUUUCAGAAAAUAGGUUAAAAAAAAGAAGUCCAGCCCAAGGUGGUGUAGUCAAAGACCUGGUUUUACUGGUCCAACAGUGUGAAACCCAAAGAGAUUCAGUUCACUAUAAUUCAUGACAGAAGAAAAGUAGACUCAAACUAGUUUCCCAUUGAUUUUCCGCGGGUCGAUUAACUGAUUAAUCGUUGCAGCUCUACGUCCGACACGCAAACCUGUCGUAUUUUAAAACGCAGAAAAGUCGGAAUCCAAUUUAAAGGUAAAGUCAGAGACUUGGAGGAAAUCAUCGGUCCUUUAAGGAAAGUCUUGACUUGAGUUUCUUCAUGCGGUCUGACAGGACAGCAGUGUGGCGCCCCCUGCUGGUCAAAGCUCACCUCACAGCCUCCGCCCGAUCACCCGAGUGUGAAACCUCUGAUCAGAAUAAGUUGACGUCUUCCUGCUUUGAGUCUGGUUUCUUGACAAACUGCAGCUGCCUGUCGGUCAUUUGUCUCCUUCCAUCGGCAGCUCGUUAACAGAUCAGUCCCUCGUUAGCGAUGAACCAGUCGGAGGGAGGAGGAGUCCCGGCCAGGACUCUUCUUCUCCUCCUUCUCCUUCUCUGACUGUCAGAGUCUGCAGCAGCUUCACCACAGACACAGUCUGAGAUAAAAACAUUUGAUGUUUUCAGCUUAAAUUCAAACUGGUUUCUGAUCAGUUGACCAACCAGAGCUGCAGCUGAAAUUAUUCUCUCACAAUCAGCGGAUACAUUCCCACAUUACUGAAUAUCACAACAUGUCACAUCUAACUGAUCACAUCUUCAUUUAGUGUUUGUCUGGACAACACAAAUCUGGAGAAGAAUAACCAUUCAAGUCCACUGACGUGAAACAGAAUCACGGUCUGUCGGCAGCCAACACUGAGUCUGAUGUUCCACAAGUUCCACUGAAGAACAGUUCCACUCUCCCAGAGGUGAUUCAGUCCCAGCUGGCUGCUUUAUUCUCCGGCUUUUCGUUAAAUAAAAGAACCAGCCUCUUUUUCACCUCGGAAACAGCGGCUGACAGACUAUCUCAACUCAAGGUCCACUUACUCGCUUUCUCUGCAGCUGUCAACCACAGCUGCAACAGCCGAGCCUUUUCAUGACAGAUGCCUCAGCUGAUAAUUCUCUCUGUCUAAUCGAUCCAUCAUUGGGUCUAUAAAAUAAAUGUCGUAAAAGAGCGAAACACCGUCUUCAGAUGUCUCGGUCCAGAACUCAAAUAGCUUCAGUUCACGCGGACGUAAGGCACAGCACAACAGGAAAUCUGACGGCAGAGGAAUUUUGGCAUUUCGCUUAAAAAGAAAAAUCGAAACGAUCGAUUCGCCGUCAAAAUAGUUGCCGAUGAACUUGGAGCACAUCUCAGUCAAUGCUCAUUCUGGAUGUAAUAAGUUCAGUAGAGAAAAGUGGAAAGUCCUCACAACAGAAAACAUUUCUCAUUUUGGCUUGAAAAAUCAUCGGAACUAUUAAUCGAUUAUCAAAAUAGGAGCACGAUCAUUUCCUGUCGAUGGGCUGAUCGAUCGAUCAAAUAAUGGUUCCAGCUCCAACGACCUGUAUUGACAUCGAUCAUCAGAAAACUAUUUGAGAAUGAGUUUGUGUUGUUUCUGUAGCUACAGAGCUGCUUUUCUCUGUUUGAAAUCGUGAAUCUAAUAUUUGGACGGGAGGAGACAUUUGUUUGUGAGGUGACUGUGACCAGCAGUUUUUACUGUUUUCUGACAUUUACGGACUAAAGAGUUCAUCGGUUAAUGGAAGAACAGAUCAACAGAUUCAUGGACAUCGGCAAUAAUCAACAGUGACUUUUCAGACCGUCUGGUCGUCAGGUGAGCGAGGGGGCGUCGCCUUUGUUCGUGUGGGGCAAAGAUGAAUCCGGAGUAGGUGAACUUGUUUGUGUUUACAUUUGUACAUAAAUCAUAAAGAGUUUAUGAGCGCCGUCUUUCUGUAAUGGAUUUAUUGUCUCCUUUUUCAGUCCGAAACAUGAACGUGUGCUUCAAUCAGCAGCUGAGUGAUAAUCACCUUGAACAGGACUGAUGUUAUGAGUAUUGUUAUUGUCAGGAAGGGAAAAGAGGAAACGUGGCCUUGAGUGAACUCGGAGACGAUGCAAUAUGAAACUGAACUGUAGAGAUUAUAAAAAAGAAAAGAUAAUGGCCUUUGACCUUCAGAGAUUUCUGUUUUUUAAGGUUUGUCAGUUUCUGUCUGCUGGCUGUUCUGCUCUUUUCUCUUAAAGAGUUUUUGCUUUAAUAAAGUGCUUUCUCACGGGUUCUUGUUUGGGUUAAAAAAAAAAAGACUCGACUCGUCUUUUAUUUCGGUACCUUUGCCGUAAAAGUCCCGUCUCGUGCUCAUUGACUGACGAAUCAAAUCAUCAGCGCCAGUGUGAGCUUGUAUUUGUUUUCACAGUGAAUAUUGUGUGAUGUUACACCUGUCGGACAGGUGAGCAGGAGAAUAAAGUCAUGCUAAAGAAGAAAGUGAACUCCUGCACAGUUUUGUCACAGACCUUCAUCAGACAUCAAACCGGAAACCGGUUUCUGCCGUAUGUGUGAAUGAAUUUUUGAUUUGGGUCACAAAUUAAACUGCUCUGUCACACAUGGGAUCCCAUGACACAAUAAGACCAAAGGAGCACAAAGAGGGAAAACUGGUUUGAUAUGUCAAAAAUGCACACGACCGGUCAAAAGUUUUAGGACGCUUUUCCAGUUUCCAUUGACAUUUCAGCAGCUCCGGUCCAGUGAAAAACCUGCACUGGUCCAAAGGUCAGCGGGAAACUGCCCGAGGUAAAACAAGUCGAGGUCGCCAGAACCUGAGAAAUCCUGUAAACCUGAUAGAAAAUAGGGUUUUUUUUCACUCUCGGCUUUUUCCUGCAGCAGUGGAAGGAAAUGAAGCCUUGAACGUU